AUGACGGAACAAAAGACUAUUUUUGGAAUGGAUAGAGUACACGACAAUGUGGUUAUUACAGAUUCUAAUGGACAACAAACGUUCGUGAGAUUUUACAAAACUCUUCCUGAGGAGGUAGUGAUUUUGUUACCUAAUUUCUUCCAAAAUCCAGGAGAUGGUGUAGUUUCGGAUAGUGGAGUUGUUGAUUCAGGUACUGUGUCAAGAGGUGCUGCACUACGAGCUGAAAAUUUUUCAGAAGCAACUUCUCGGAUUUCCCAGGGUUCGUUGCCGUAG